AGAUGCAAUACACAUCUAAUCAACAUUUAAAUCCUUGCAGCGUUGCGCUGUCUUCCUUUUAUCUGUAGCGUUCCAUAGUGAACACUCCGGAGAAACACUUCCAUGGAGCAGCAGUCUGUGUGCUACUCGCGGAAGCGUCGUCUGCAUGCUGCUCUCUGAUUGCCUAUGCAUAGAGCUCUGAUAAGAAUUGACCAAACAGCCAGGCCACCGUACCAUUUCGGUGGAAGUGUACUGAAAAUGAUGCAGCAGGCGACUACAAUCUCUCAUCGCCAAACUCGGCCGACUCGGCUCCUUCACCUUGCCCUCUGGUGUGGUUUAUACCCACAAUCCGGAAGAGUUGGAUGGCGAAAUGGGUGGCGUUCGUUCGUUUCGUUGGUGCCCUAGCUCCCCACCUGUGCCACCUCGGACAGCGCGAAAACAAGGUGUAUAGCAACAGCAAACGGUACUGUACACCUUCUAAAGUUGCUGGGUACCUCGCCCCUGUGCGGAGGUUUGUGGAAAAAACCUCCGUUUUUAUAUGGUGGAGGAGAUUGAUGAGAGUCCCGGUCCUUCUCCGUUACACAAGCGGGUACGAGGAAUGGGAUGGUUUGUCUUGCUGGAUGGAUCUAGCUGUACAGGGGGAGGGAAGGAUGAAUAGUAGCGGCAGCAUGAUGGGACGGACGCAAUGUCGACCGGCAAUAGUCGAGCAAUCUUCGUUAUCAAAAGUCAGGUCCAAUGGAUUUGAGUUACACCGUCACGGGAACGCUGUCGACGACGUGUUGCCUCACUCGCAAACCAUAUCGCAGCUCAGUUCGUGUUCAACCGAAGACGGGAUCGUCUAGCGUCGCUUUCAGUUAGCUGUUUGGUUUUUUUUGGUGAACAUUUAUUUUCAUUUGUUAUGCGAGAAAAUUAUUUAUAAAAGGAAUUGAUUGUGAGGUUGUGAAUUUAGGUUGGGAAGAUAGUACUUGCACGUGCUUGGGAGAGGAUAGUUUUCUUCGGGCAUUGUCAGUAAGCAAACAAUCGCAUAGAGGAUCCACGAGUUGUUGAAACGAUCGCGGGUGCGGGUGCAGAGGGUGGCAGUGUGUGGUUGUGACAUGGUGUUGUGGCAGAGACCUAGAUAGUAUUGGAACAGGGAUUGAAACAAGACCGAUUCUAGGCUAAAGAGCGCUUUAGACUAUUAUACCAGUGUGGGAAGUGUCAAACAUUGGAGUAAGCCUGUUCCGGUGAAUAUAAACUAGUUACGUGGCGUGUAUUAUUCCAUCCUGUUAUUAUACCGAUAGCUGUAAUCGGAUAUUAUACCGAUAUAGCUGUGUUUUUUUCUCCGCACUGCACAUAAAUCUUUCCUGCUGGCUUCCAAGGCUUUAAAAUACGUUUCACACAUGGUACCGAAGAUGGGCAAAAUAAUUCCUGAAUUUUGCGUCCUUCGACGCACCCGAUACAAGAAAAGUCAAAAGAGACGCUUUCGUUUGUUAUCAUGAAGCGGAAGACUCUAGUCUGUCAGUUUGCUUCCCCUUUAGACGUAGACGUUCACAAUACACCACAGGCCAUUUUGCUCGAAGGCAAGUACUGGAAGAGAAAAUGCAACGUAAUCAAGGCAGAGUACAAGAAAUGGCGACGGUUUAACGUAAACAGAGCAUUAGGUGCAACUAACAUUGUCGAUACGAAUAGCGAAUUAGACUUCUUGGAGUGGUCUCCGAUCAGUAAUGAUAUAUUUAUGAUCACCGAUAAUAUGCCCACGGAUACGCUGUUCUCCACACUAGCCCAGUAUCCGUUUCCCGACUCUAGAGAGAUAGCUCGCGGUGCUGGUCGGGCCGACUUCAUUCAGCCCAGCUUGGGCCCGCUGCAGCCAAACCUUGAUGAUUUGAUGGAUUUGGACCUAGACUUUCUGAACUUCUCGCGACUUGCCCCCGUACCGGAAGAAGCAUCAGACGAUCUGCUGAAAGCAAUCGACUACAAUUACACACUCGGGUCCAACCAAUUAACGAACGCUGGUAGUAGCAUACAGGAGGCGCCGGGGACACUCCAGGCAGCAGUCUCCGGCAGUAAUCAACAGACGAACCAAACGGGCGGCUGCAUACAGCAGCAACCGGCUGGCAUUCAAUAUUCGGCAAAGAUCUACGCCCAAACAUUGCAACCGUCGAGUGCCGGUUCGCCUUCGCCUACCGUACAGUCCUCCAUCGCCCAGCAGCUAAGCAACGCAAUCGAUACGUAUCUAUCCGAUCAGCUUAUUGGUGGCGGAAGUCAGACUGGUAACAAUCAACCGACCGCAUCGCUGGGUGCAUCGCUCGGUAUUGGUCCGGUGGCAUCAUCCGGUCAGCCACAUCAGCAGCACACGCUAGCCGGCGGUAACAGUAGCGACGAGUUGGCGCGCAGUGUUAAAUCGAAGUUUAGCCGCGGGUACGCCAAACACAACUACGAUCCCAAAUACCCACCGACACCGCAUCAAACGAUGGCAUACAACAUGGUUUCGCAGCCACACAUGGGACAGGCGGGUGGCAAUAGUGCGGUCCUUGGAACAUCCGGUCCUUACGGUAGCAAUGCCACGGGUGGUUUCCAGAAUGUGAUUUCUUCAUCCGCCUCCUCCUCCUCCUCCACGUCCGGCAUUCUUCAGAUGGGUUCCGGUGGUGGCAUCCCAUCAUCGUUAACGCCCGGUAGUAUGCAGCUACACUACAACCAUUCCGCUUUGCAGAACGUUGCUAGCAAUCCUGUUAACCUCUCCAACAGUCCCGGUGCAACCAGUGCUGGUGGUGGUGGUGGUAAUGGUGGUGGUAACAUAAGAACCACCUCCCAAAUGGGCACCACAGGCGUUGGCACGACGUCUGCCCAACCGAACGUGCCCGGCGGUUCGGUAAUGCUUUUGCAAAGCAUCAACUCUAAACUGCUGACGCACAGCCAAUCCUUGCCGGUGCCGGCAUUACCGCAAGCAAAACCAGCCGCACCACAACCCCGCUCAACCUCCAUGCCGACCGGGCCGAACUACAACCAAAUGCUGGCAUCGCAACACUCGCCUCCCGGUAGUCUGCAUGCAUCGCAAUCGGGAAGUAGCUACAAAUCGUACCACGGACACCAACCGCAACCGUACAAAAUACCGUCACAAACAGUCGGUGCCGGUGGUUCAUAUGCCAGCGGAGUACGAGCGAUGCGUCAUUCGUCCCCACCGCACGGUACACUCCUGCAGCCAACUACCGGCUCUACCGGGCCAUCAACGGGCCACGGUAUGAGUGCGAACACUGUAGGAAUAUCGAACGCACUAGAGCAGUCACAACAGCAGCUGCAGGAUCUUCAGCUUCAACAGCAGCAGCAGCAGCAGCAACAACAGCAAUCAAUUGUGUCCACCGCUGGCAGUUUGCAGCAGCAGCAACAAACGCAAGCUAAACGUCAUCCGCCACAUCCCACCAAAGAGAUGUUCCGUUCGAACAGUCUUCCGAUUAAUGCGACCUUUCCGCUACCACCGAAGGAGGCGGAAAACUUUGCCAUGCCUCGCUACCAUCAGUCCUCCCAGAAGGCCAAUGCGAAAUUGCGCACACGCAGCAACUCGAUGAUCAUGAAGCAGCAGACGGGUGUCAUAACGAACCCUGGUAUAGGGAUGAUGGGAUCUGGCAGUAGCAGCAGCAGCACGGCAAUGGCAGGUGGAGGUAGUUCGCAGCAUGUCAUGUCACCGACACUGCACGCGACCUCCAGUGAACCGAUGCUCAACGUUACCAACAGUGCGCUGCUUGCCCAACUACUAACCACUAAUAACGCAAGUACCUUACUGAGUAAACAAUCACACAGUACAUCAUCAAGUGCCAUAAGUACCUUAACGCAGUCGUCGUCGCAACAGCAGCAGCAGCAACACCAGCAACAGACCAGUUUGUUUCAAACGAUGUCAAUGGGUAAUACCAUUUCCCCAUCGUCCUCUCAGCUUCAGUUGCAUCAACUGCAACAGCAGCAGCAACAGCAGCAACAGCAGCAACAGCAACAGCAGCAACAUCACCACCAUCAAAUGUCCAAUGCAACACCCGGUACAUCCAGCAGUACGAUGCGAGCUCAACCGAGCCACAGUUCCGUGCUGAAUUUUGCCUCCUCGGCCGGUAUGUCGCUUUCGCAGCAGAGUCUUUCGCCCGAUUCGGCACACGAUACGGAUGGUCCCCUGUCACCAACGGGGUUGGGUGGUAGUGGCAGUACAAGUACGGGCGGUGCCGGUAGUAAAUUCCCGCGCAGCGAUAGCCAACGGCGUACGGGGCACAUUCACGCGGAACAGAAACGUCGGUACAACAUAAAGAAUGGGUUCGAUACGCUUCACUCGCUGAUACCGCAGCUGCAGCAAAAUCCGAAUGCGAAGCUAAGCAAAGCGGCAAUGUUACAGAAGGGAGCGGAUUACAUCAAGCAGCUACGCACGGAACGUACGUCCGCCAACGAUCAGAUGGAUGCAUUGCGCCGGGAGAUUGAUCAGUUGAAUAAUUCAUUGAACAAUCUUCAUACGGCAUUGCCCGCCAGUGGGGCACCCGUAUCACGCCAGCGAACCGGUCGCGUGAAGGACCUGUACCAACACUACGUCCGACAGCGAACGUUGGAGAACUGGAAAUUCUGGAUCUUCGGGUUGAUCUUCGAACCGUUGCUAAACUCCUACAACCAAACGGUUUCCGUCGCGAGUAUGGAUGAAAUGUAUCGCACCAGCCAGCUGUGGGUUGAUCAACACUGUUCGCUGGUGGAGCUAAGGCCUGCCGUCUCCAAUCAGCUGCGCCAACUGUCAACGACGACGGAUGUUCUGUCGGAUCCUCCUAGCUCGCUGCAGGAGGAGGUACUUAAGGCGAUCUCCAAUUCAAACAACAACUCUCUCGUACCGAGAGGCUCCGGACAGGGUAGCAGCCGUGGAGGAAGUAGCACCGAAACCAGUCCCCAUAGAUCGUAAAACGUUGCUGCUGGUUGGGAUGUUUUCCAGUUUUUCUUUUAACUCGCUCUAUUUCUCCAUUCUAUUUUUUUUGUUUUAUUAUCAUUGAACGAUUUGUUUUACUACACUUUCAUGUUAAAUGUGCGAAUUCUAAGGGUAAGAAGCAAUAGUUUCGUAGGUUUUUUUUCUUCGAUCUAUACUAUUCAAGAAGAGUAGUAAGUCUUUCUUGCUGGCAAGCGGGCAUUCAUCCAUACAUCCACAGCUGCUAUGCUCCAAUGUUUGAUUAUCACCUUAAAGUGAUACAAAUGCGCUCAAAUUAAAAACCAAAAAAACACACUAAAUGGAGGUUUGGUGUGUUUGUCACAUCAAACAAAAACAAACGAAAAACAGUGCCUUGUUGCUGCUCUUGGGGGUUUAACGCUAAACCCAGGACGUGCUCCUCGGUUGAAACAGGUGUUUAAAAAAAAAAUCAGGAUUUUUUCUAUAUGCAAAACAAAAUGACGUUACCAUAAUCUCAGUGAAGCAGGUCACAGCCUAGAGUACCGCUAUAAGAGGUGAUGGAUUCGCAAUCUGUCCACCACAGUAACUUCCAUCAGUUUGACCACGCGUUCGGUAUCGACAAAAGAAGUCUUAGUUUAGUUAUUCGUUAUUCGCUCUAAAAUAGGUUUUCUUUUUUGUUUCGGUUUUCUUGUUACUAUAAUGCGAAAAUGUAAGCCUGCUAUCGUUUCAUUACAUAUUUGCUCCACACCAUACUAGCUCCUUUUUUUGCGAUGUUUACGUUAAGCCUCGUCGUUUUUAAAUUGUUGUUAAGAACGUGUUAGUUUGCUUGCUUGCUACGCUUUUCGUCGUUAUGUUUCGUUAUGUCGUCUAUAUUAAUAAUUUUGCUUAAAGCGUUCAGGUUUUGCCAACUUUUAUCAUCCACGAACGAGUGUUAGCGGAAGCGAAUAAUUUGUCUUAGUGCGUACUACCAUGUAAGCAGUAAUGUUAAUUUGUUUGUUUGUUUUUUUUUAUUGACGUUAGGCAUCGUUAGUAGAUUUAGUGAAUUGUUGGAUAGAUAUCGUGAAACAAAGAGAUAUCGGUUACUUCUAUCACGUACGUACGUAAAGUUAUCGCUUGCGAGCCGUGUAGAUGCCGCCUUAAAGUAGAUGAGUGCCCGGUGUGCGGUGUGCGUAUUUUUACUAGCCUAACUUAAAAAAAAGCUAUGCAAACGCGAGCGAAUAUUCCAUUCCGCGUACGAUUUGGAUUUGCGCGCGCAUGAUCGGUAAAAAUCAACGAGAGAAUACAAAAAAGGCUGUUGUGUUUCCAGUACAUCACAUUACACAUACAUACACACGAACACACACACACAACACAUCAGUCCAACACACCUCAAUACGCGGAAAAUGCAGGCUCAUGCAAUUAUCGUAGCGCACAGUAAAAAAGGAAGGAGCAGCUCGUAAAAGUACAAUUAGGUUUCGGAAAUGUUAGACAGAGCGAAGAAAGUUGUAAAGAUGUGUUUUUCGCUACCAUUUAAGCGCGAGUAAAGAUCAAAAGGUAGACGCAUUAAAGUGAGAAAAGCGGAGCGGAAACGAAGGUUUUGUUACUAUUGUAGCAACAAUUCGAAUUUCCCGCCAAAAACAAACAA